CUGUCUCUUUAAGGUGCCGGAGGCUCGCGGGCGCUGCGCGGAGGGGACGGCGGGAGGCGCGGCCUGGCCUCGCACUCACAGCCGCCACAGCGCUCCCCGGGCUCGGCCGACCCGGCGGAGAUCUAGGGGCAGGCAACCUCGCGGGGCCGCAGCGCAUGCUUCCUGAGAGUUACUGAUCAUCUUCUUUGAAGAAACAUGAAGUCACCCUGUGUGGCUGUGCUUACUCUAGCCAUCCUGAUGUUCCUAACAUGGCUUCCGGCAUCAUUGAGCUGUAACAAAGCACUCUGUGCUAGUGAUGUGAGCAAAUGCCUCAUUCAGGAGCUCUGCCAGUGCCGGCCAGGUGAGGGCAAUUGCUCCUGCUGUAAGGAGUGCAUGCUGUGUCUUGGGGCCCUUUGGGACGAGUGCUGUGACUGUGUUGGUAUGUGUAAUCCUCGAAAUUAUAGUGACACACCUCCAACUUCAAAGAGCACAGUGGAGGAGCUGCAUGAACCAAUCCCUUCUCUCUUCCGGGCACUCACAGAAGGAGAUACUCAGUUGAAUUGGAACAUUGUUUCUUUCCCUGUUGCAGAAGAACUUUCACAUCAUGAGAAUCUGGUUUCAUUUUUAGAAACUGUGAACCAGCCACACCAACAGAAUGUGUCUGUGCCCAGCAAUAAUGUUCAUGCACCUUAUUCCAGUGACAAAGAACACAUGUGUACUGUGGUUUAUUUUGAUGACUGCAUGUCCAUACAUCAGUGUAAAAUAUCCUGCGAGUCCAUGGGAGCAUCCAAAUAUCGCUGGUUUCAUAAUGCCUGCUGCGAGUGCAUUGGUCCAGAAUGUAUUGACUAUGGUAGUAAAACUGUCAAAUGUAUGAACUGCAUGUUUUAAAGAACAAAGAGAGAUGCAAACCAAGGCAACUUAGCAAAAUAAAAGGUAUAAAAAGUUAUUCAGUAAGUCUGUUGUUUGCAUUAGAGUGCCAGUAAGUUAAGAUAUAAAAACUUUGAAAUAAGUUUAUUUUAAAAUAUGACAUAGCCAGUGAUGUGUUUAAUUAUAUAACUGUUCUUACUGAUUGUAUUGCCCCCUAGCAAUAAGCCCUUUCCUUUGAAUACAUGUACAGCUUUGGUCACAUGAGAAGCAGGUGCACAGAGAAUUCCUUGAAAGAUCUGAGGUUCUUAACAUGAAGCCUGAUGUGAUUUUCUUGUAACAUUCCAAAGGUUUUUGCUUUGAAAGUGUUCGCAGAAGUAUGUUGAUGUGAAUUAUGAUUUCUUCAUGUGCUACUCUUAGGAUACUGAAUUUUUAUAGUUGCACAUCCUUCCUCACUGUUCCUUGUAUUAUUGGUUUUUAUAUAAAUAGAGUAGAUAUUUGAUAUACCACUCUGAUAACACAUAAAAAGCUCAAUUUCAGCCCUUUUAUGUUGGUUUUAAAAGGUAAAUGCUUGCCAUAUUUUAUAAUUGUGAACUCUUACAUAGUAGAAUCCAUUCUAUAAUACAUGCAAUGACAAAGCUUUAGGGAAAGUUUCCCAUUCUCUUCCAUUUCCCCUGCCCAAAGUGCUGACAUAGGCAGUGAUGAAGAAUCUUUACCAAGAUUUUUAGGGUACACCUAUGAAAUUGCAUUAAAUGCACUGCUAAGGUAAAUAAUUAGCAAGUGAAAGCAUUUCUGUAACUUAAGGUACCAGCUUAAAGAGCACUAGGAUAGGGAACAAAUGCCAAAUCAGACUCCACUUAGAGCACCGGGGAACAGCUUGUAUCCUGGUAGGGAAAUGGUGUAGCUGAAACGGGAGGCUGAGCCGGAAGCGAGACUAAGCUUGUGCAGCCUUAGCCAAGACAGAGCAGGAUUUUCCAGCAGAUGAGUGAUGGGACAGGAAUUGAAGAAGAGAACUUACUGGUAUGAACAGGGCAGGUUGAAAAUGCUGGAAAUUAUAAUAGGAAACAAACUUAAAACUAUCUACGUUCAUAUUUUGUAAUCUUUCAUUUGUUUAGUUUAUAUCUGGAUAUAAUGUUCUCUUUAAACUAGUAUAAUCACAUUGUGGGAGGUUAAGAUUAUGAAAUUUUAAAAUCUCUGUUCAAGAUGAUGUUCACUCCAAAUACACUACAGAAUAUUUAGUCAACAUUUUAUAUAAUGUUUCGAUAAAUGUUUCAAUAAAGAUACUAGGUACCCUUCAUAGUAAUAAAAUCUCAAUCUU